AUUCACAGAAAUCAACAAAUCCACACCAAAACACCCACAAAUACUUUAAAAAUGUCUUCAUUGGAUAAAUCUUUAGAUGACAUCAUCUCUUCCACGAAGAGACCAGCCAGAAAGUUCGCCAGGUCUACCAAGACCAACAAGGUGGGCAAGAAGGUCGGCGCCGCAAGCAAGAAGACUAUUGUCUCAUUUAAGAAGGCUGCUCCCGCUGCUGCUGCUGCCAAGGUUAGCGUUGACUUGUCCUACGCUACCAAAGUUGUUGUUUCCGGUUUGCCUAAGGACUUGAAGCAGGACAACAUCAAGGAUUUCUUUCAAUCUCAAGUCGGUGGUGUUCUCACUGUUGCUUUGACUUACAAUGAAAAGGGACAAUUCAGAGGUAUCGCAACUGUUAUUUUCAGAAACAGUAAGAACGCUGCUUUGGCCGUUGAGAAGUACAACGGUGCCCCAAUUGACGGUGGCUCCAGCAAGUUGAAGUUGGAAUUGAUCGUUGACCCAUCCAAGAAGCCAUUGGCUUCCAGAAUUGCUGCCAACAAGGUUGAGACUGGCAAGGCCACCAAGACCAAGGCUGCCGGUAAGGCUGCUGCUAGUGGUAAGAAGGCUCCAACGAAGGCUAAGCAACAGCCAAAGAAGAAGCCAGCCAAGAAGACCAAGAAGUCUGUCGAGGAAUUGGACCAAGAGAUGGCUGACUACAUGGACCAGACUGCUGCUUAA